AUGGCCAAAAAGGAAGCUCCGGCCGCCAUUCCUGUCAAGCGCAAUGCGCUGAAGGGCACAUCUAUCAUCAUUACGGGGGAUAUCGAGGGCCAGACGCGCUCUUCUGCUAGUCAAGUGCUUAUUAAUGCCGGUGCGACGAUUGAAAAGAGUUUGAACAAGAAGGUGCAGCUUGUGGUGCUGGGUGAGGGUGCUGGUCCUAAGAAGCUCGAGAAGAUUGAGGAGCUAGGACUUGAAACUAGAGAGUGGGAUGACUUGAUUGAGGAGAUCAGGGCCGAUGGUGGUGAGGCGGCCGGUGGUGGUGAAGAUGAGGACGAGGAGCUAGAUGAGGAAGAGGUUGAAGAGAAACCGAAGCCGACAAAAGGCAAGGCAAAAGCUAACACCAAGGCUAAAGCCGCUCCUACUCCCAAAGUGAAGCCCAGCACCUCAGGCGACUUCUCUCUCGCGGGAAAGACUGUGCUCAUCACCGGCGCUAUUCCCGGUCAUGACCGUAAGUCUGCUGCCGCCAUCGUUGAAGAAGCUGGUGGUGAGGUCGCCAAAUCACUGAACAAGAACGUUGACCUUGUCAUUCUCGGCACCAAGCCCGGCCCAGACAAAUUAGCUAAGAUCGAAGAGGCAGGCAUCGAGACUAUGCAAUGGAAUGACAUGGCUGGGAAGCUGGGUCUUGAGGUCACGCCCGAGAAGGAGGUCGCCAACGUAGAGACGGGUGGGGCUCCAGAUUCCAUCGAUGGCAAAACGGUCAUCAUUUCUGGCACAGUCGAAGGACAUACCCGUUCUGGAGCCCAGAAGAUGCUUGAGAGUGCCGGAGCGAAAUAUGCGAAAUCCCUUAACAAGCAGGUCCAGCUUGUGGUGCUUGGUGCGAAUGCUGGCCCGGACAAGCUCAACAAGAUUGCCGAGAUGGGCAUCGAGACCUGCUCCUUCGAGGACUUGGUCACGAAGCUAGGAUUGGAAGCUGAGGCUAGCGAGCCGCCAAAGAAGAAGGCGAAGAAGGCUUAG